AUGGUGCGGCCUAAUACCGAGCAAAAGCUCGACAUGGCCGCGGGGGGAAGCACCAGGGCCGGGCGAGGGAUCGGUGCCGAAGCGCCAAGAAAGGUCCAGCCCUUUGAAGGAAAACAUUUUUUUGGGGGGGGCGUGCCCCAUUCACCCACUUUGGAGAGAGCUAAGGAUCUACACUGUAGCGUCAUUAUUUGGGCUCUGGGGCGGCUUUUCGGCCUUUUUCGGAAGGCGCUGGACGAGUUGGUGAAGUCGGACGAGCCCCAUCGUCGGAGCCGGCCCCAAACAGCGAAGCUGUCGCGGAGCGACGGGCCCUAUGCCCGAGGCGCCAACCGAGGCGAGUCCCGGAGGCGGGUGCCGCCCGAGGAGAAGGGCUUGCUGAAGACGCAAUGCUUCUUCGAGGAGAAGGACUUGGUCAUCAAGCUCUACGACACCGAGGUGCUGGUGAUCAAGGAGAAGACGACGAAGGACGACGACGACGGGUCCGAAACGCAAAGCCUGGUCUUGGAGCUGACCAGCGGCGGCUUCCGGACGGCUGAGACCAAGGCCAUCCUCAACGAGGCAUUGAAGCCGAUGGCGCUGCAGGUGGAGAGUGAAAAUGGCGCUACCUGGCAGCUGCGGAGCGAGUACAAGACCCCGGGCCAGGUGACCACCGACUCCUCCUUGCAGCCGUUUGAGGAUGGGAUGGCGGUCACCGUGCCAGCAGUGGUGUCACUGCAGAUGGUGAAGGAGAAGUUGGUCCCUGGCUCCACGGUGCGCCAGGCGCGGGGGGUCCGUGAUGGAGUCCGUGGGGUGCCGAAGAGGAGGAAGAGGAGGAAGUCGAGGUCACCCUCGAUGGCCGCCGCCGCCGGGGUUGGGGCGGCUCGGGGGGAUGGAGAUGGUUUGCGAGAGAGGUCCCCUCACCACGAGAUGGUUGCUCGGGGUGCGUUGAGCUUUUCAGAGGAGCACAAUGAUGGAGUGCAAGGCAUUGGCCGCCGCAUCCACCGCAUGGAUGGCCGCAUCCGUCGCUGGGGUGAAAGCAGAUGUUCAGAGCACCGGCGUUGUCGCUGCGAACCACCGGCGACCUCCUCCGGCUACGGAUCGCAUGGACCCGUGGUGGUUUCGACCGAACUCAGCCUGUUCUUAGAUUUCUAUGGUUUGAGUGGUCGACUGGGAAGAAGAUGGAAGAUGGAAGAUGCAAGGAUAUGGAAGACCCUCCCUGACUUCCGAUGUGCCAAGGGGAGUUUCGUCUGGGCCACGGCGCACUUUUGCCCCUCGCUCUUCUUGCGGAACGUGCCUCAUUCAGAGACCUGCUUUUCCUUCGGCUCACUCUACAUCUUUUCUCAAGCGCUUGGCUUGGUCUGGAUGUUCCUGGUGGUGCUCCUGGCCGUGAUGAGUGUGCGCAUCGUGACGCUCAGCAUGAACAAAGCUGUUCAACACCUGUCAACUGAACAGCAUGAGAACGACCAGUAUGGCGAUCAACCGUUGCGCGCCGUGGCCCUGUGCUAUGUCUACUACAGCGUCAUCCGCCUGAUCAUUCUUUUCGCUCGCUCCUCGAAGCGGUCGGUCUGGCCGACGGAUGGGGCGGUCCUGGGCUGCUGGGAAGCGCGGCAGAGGCGAGGAAAUUUUGCGCUGGUGGGCGAUGAAAGUAGGUUGGGCGAGGAGGACUUGCUUCACCAUGAUGGGGGCUCCAUGUGGACGGUGGCCUGGGAGUUGUACCACGACUUCCCCACGCUUCGGCGGAUGCUGCUGCUGGAGGCGGAGAUCGCGCGCGCGCGCGCCCAAACAAGAGAGACGAAGGUCUUCAUCACAGCGGGUCGUGCCUCCCCACGGAACGACAAGGACAAGGGCGGUAGCAAAGAUGGUGAGGAUGCGCAAUCCACCCACAUCCGCAGACAGACCCGACGGCGGAUCGUGCUCGUGACGCCCCUGCUGGUCUUGGCCUUGGGGCACUUGACGCUGCUGCUGGGGCAGAGCUAUUGCAUUUGUGGGGACGCCUUGCCCAUCUUUCAGCCCACGGCGCCCUGGCCGGAGCCCGGCGGCGGUUCGGAGGCUCUUCGCCCUUUGCCGCUUUUCACCACCGAGUGCACCCCUCCGGCGGAUGAGGGAGGCGUCCAGCGCACCACCGAGGCGCAUUUGAACCGCACCAUCCGAUUCGUGCUCUUCGUCUCGCAGAUCCAAUGGUUCCAGGUGGGCGGCCCGGGACCGGGCGGCCCGAGGAGCGGGGGAGACCCGGGAGACCGGGCUGUUCGGCGCCGACGGUUGGGGCUAGAGGAACAGGCCUUUACCGGGCUUUUCAUCCACUGGAGCACAGCCAUUGCCCAAGGCAAAGGGCUGCUGCCACGCCGCUGGGAAGGCCUGGUGUCCUUCACCCUGCUGGGUCUCCUGAUGCCCUGCUCCAGCUGCCGGCUCUUCGCAUGGCUGGUGCAACCGGCGGGCAGCGGCGUGGUGCGGCGGACCCUGGGAGGUGUGCCCCACCACGUGGCGGACACCGCCUUGGUCACGGCCUGGAGCUGGUGGUCCCUGGCGGCCGUCUCCGUGGUCAUGCGUCCGCAGCUCUUCGGGCUCUCCGGCUUCACCCUGCGGAGUGUCAGCCUAGACUCGCGCUGGCGACUCUUGACCACUCUCUUCAAAUACACGCUCUUCUUCUGGAUGGCAGUUCACUUCCUGCGGGGUUGCGUGGCACAUGGCUUUGCCGCCGCGCAAACGGACUUGAUCACCAUCAGCUUUAUGUACCCCAUGUUCCUCUGCUUCGUCUGGACCGCGACCUUCAUAGCGGUCUCCCUGUCAGGGCUCUUCCGUGGUCUGGUGCCGCUGCUGGGCGCGCUGGUGGCGGUGCCGGGCAUUCUGCUGCUCUCACGGCUCUUGUGCGGCUGGGUGGACCGAGAUCAGCAUGUCCUCUUGACGACGUUGACCUGGCUCCACCUGCUGCGCGCGGGCUUCCGUGUGAGCCGCUACAUGGGGCUCUGGUGGAAGACCUCGGUGCCCAGCGCCGCGGUCGUUGAGAAGGGACCUUUGAUGGGAGAAGGGCAGUGCGAAGGCGUCGACCGAGGCCGUUUCGAGGCGCCGCCCAUCGAGAUCAAGUUCGCCGUGAACCCCGCUGCGUGGUUGGGGAACCGGCUGGGCCGAGCGGACGAAGGGGGGGUGCCAGGAGCGAGCGAGGUCGGGGCGGAGGACAGCCAUAAAGUGCUGAAGACCACCUACACCGUGGAGCGGAGGUUCGGGCGCAUCGCGGCGCGCGUGCUGCUGCUGAUUUGUGGCACCUUUCUGCUGAUCCUGUGCCUUGGGCGGAAGCGCGGGAAGCGCGGGGAAGACGGAAGGGUCCGGAAGGGUCUGGAAGACGGCGAUCUGGAAGAUCUGAAAAGAAGGUCCACCCGGUCACCCUCCCUUUUGCGACUUGAAACCAUUCAAACACCUUUUAGUGGAGACUCUAACUGGAGGGGGUGGCUGGUGGUUUCUCUACAAACCUAA